UGUUUCUUUCAUUGUCCGCUAUUCGUAACAUCGCCAUAUGGCGAAAUUAUAAAAUAAAAAAAUUGUUAAAAUAAUUUAUCGAUUUAAGUUGUGUUUAGUUGUAUCUUAGCAUUAAAUCGCUGAAAUGUCAAAGAUAUUCACUCCGACGAAUCAAAUUCGACUUACAAAUGUGGCGGUAGUACGUUUAAAGAAAGGUGGCAAACGUUUUGAAAUAGCCUGCUACAAAAAUAAAGUCCUGAGUUGGAGAAGCAAUGUAGAAAAGGACAUCGAUGAGGUACUACAAACCCACACAGUAUUUACCAAUGUCUCCAAAGGCCAGGCUGCCAAAAAGGAGGAACUUAUAAAAGCCUUUGGCAAAAGUGAAGAAACCGAAAUUUGCAAAGAAAUUCUUAUGAAGGGAGAACUGCAGGUUUCCGAAAAGGAAAGACAAUCAGUGCACGACACACAAUUGAAUAGUGUUAUAAAUAGUGUAGCUGCUUUGUGCGUCAAUCCGGAAACUCGACGACCCUAUCCAUCUACAAUCAUUGAAAAGUUUCUAAAGGAAGCGCACUUUUCAAUUAAACCCAAUCGAAAUAAUAAACAACAGACACUGGAUGCCAUCAAAUUGCUCAAAGAACAUAUGCCUAUUGAGAGGUCACGCAUGAAAUUGCGUGUCUCCUUUGCUGCCAAAAAGGAUAAUGGACCAAAAUUAAAGGAGGCUAUUUUGAAAUUAACCAACACGGUGGAACACGAAGAAUGGGAUGAGUCCACGCUGCACAUGACUCUACUUAUAGAUCCUGGCAAUUACCGUGUCAUAGACGAAUUGGUACGCAACGAUACCAAAGGCAAAGGUUUAGUGGAAUUACUCGAACUCAAAGAAGUUGUGGAAACCGAAGAAAUUUUUUAGUUUUAAAUAAAUGUCUUAUUUCUUAUGUGGAGAAUACAAACAAUAAUCCUUGUACAAUAGCAUUUUUAUAUAAACAAUAUUAUUUUAAUAAUACAAUACAUGCACAACAUAACAUAA